AUGCCCUUAUUCAGAUCUUGCUACACCACAAGAACACUCACUCAACUCCAUGCUCAUCUCCUUGUCACAGGCCAACACAGAAGCCAUCUCGCUUCAACUAAACUUAUUGAAUCAUACGCCCAAAUCGGUCCUCUCGAUUCUGCAAAACUCGUAUUUCAAACCUUCCCUAGACCAGAUUCUUUCAUGUAUGGUGUUUUGAUCAAGCGCUAUGUUUGGCACGGAUUAUUCACAGAAGCUGUUAAUUUAUACUACAAUAUGUUGCACGAACUAACCCUCAUCAGCAGCUUCAUAUUCCCAUCCGUUUUAAGAGCUUGUUCUGGUUCUCGUCAUUUGGAUGUUGGCCAAACUGUUCAUGGAAGGAUAAUCAAGAGUGGACUUGAAUCAGAUCCUGUAGUUCAAACCUCAUUGCUCAACAUGUAUGGAGAAGCAUCCUACUUGAGUCACGCACGUAAGGUGUUCGAUGAAAUGCAUGAAAGAGAUAUUGUCUCCUGGAGCUCCAUCAUUUCAAUGCAUAUUCGUAACAGUCAAGCAAUUCAAGGGUUGAAAUUGUUUCGCCAAAUGGUAACAGAUGGACAUGAACCAGAUUAUGUGACUCUACUUAGUAUAGCAGAAGCAUGUGGUGAAUUGUGUUUAGGGCUACAAUCGAAAUCAAUUCACAGCUACACAAUAACAAGAAACAUCAAAAGCAACGAUAAUAACACAUUGAUAAACUCUCUGGUUGCUAUGUAUGGAAAAUGUGGAGAAUUGUAUACUGCUGAGACUCUUUUCAACCUUGUUUCCACUCAUUGUACUUCAUCAUGGACAGCCAUGAUCACAUGCUACAAUCACAAUGGUUACUUUCAAGAAGCAUUGGAGGUUUUUAACAAAAUGCAAGAAUCUAAAACAGAACCAAAUGCAAUCACAAUGAUGGGCAUUCUUUCUUCUUGUGCUAGACUAAGUUCUCUAAAACAAGGUAAGUCAAUUCAUGGUUUUGUUAUUAGAAAACACCUCGACCCUGAUAACAACAUUCUUGAAUCAUCACUGAUCGAUUUGUAUGCCAAUUGUGGAAAAUUGACUUCUUGCCACAAGAUUUUCGAUACAGCUAAAAACAGACAUCUAGUUUCAUGGAAUAUGGUUAUAUCAGGUUACACUCGUGAAGGGAUGUUUGAUCACACGUUAGAUCUUUUCAAACAAAUGAUGUCAUGCAAAAUAUCACCAGAUGAAUUCACUAUAGCAAGUGUUGUAUCCACUUGUGGUAACUUAAAUUACUUUAAUCAUGGAACUCAGAUUCAUGGGUAUGCUACUAAAACCGGGAUUUUGAAUGAAUUUGUCCACAAUUCGCUCAUUGACAUGUAUGCUAAAUGUGGUUUUGUGAAUAUAGCAUAUAACAUAUUCAACAACAUGGAUCAUAAAAGUGUCGUGACAUGGAACUCUAUGAUGUGGGGUUUUUCUUAUAAUGGCAACUUAAUCGAGGCCAUGAAUCUUUUUGAUCAUAUGUUCUUGGAAGAUCUAGAAAUGGAUGAGGUCACUUUCUUGAAUGCGAUUCAAACCUGUUCAGAUUUGAGGCAUCUCAAAAAGGGAAAAUGGAUUCAUCAUAAGCUCAUUACGAAUGUUGAUAGAUAUAUAGAUACAUAUAUUGAUACCGCUUUAGUUGAUAUGUAUGCAAAAUGUGGUGAUCUUUUCAUGGCUCAACGUGUUUUUGACAUGAUGUCAAACAAAAGUGUCGUGUCAUGGAGUGCCAUGAUUGAUGCUUAUGGAAUGCAUGGAUACGUUGACUUUGCUAUCUCAGUUUUUGAUGAAAUGAUAAAGUCAAAGAUGAAACCGAAUGGAAUCACAUUCAUGAACAUUCUCUCUGCUUGUAGUCAUGCGGGAUAUGUAGAAAAGGGUAAGUUUUAUUUCGAAUCCAUGAAAGAUUUUGGAGUUGAACCGAAUUUGGAACAUUAUUCUUGCUUGAUUGAUCUUUUAAGUCGAGCGGGUCAUCUUGAUGACGCAUACGGAAUCAUCAAUUCCAUUCCGUUUCCACCCAAUUCUGGCGUAUGGGGUUCUUUGCUAAACGGGUGUCGGAUUCAUAGAAGACUAGACAUAAUGAACAGAAUUCAAGAAAAUCUUGAAAAGAUUGAUGACACGGGUUACUACACUUUGUUGUCUAAUAUAUCAGCCGAAGGGCAAGAUUGGAAACAAUUUGAAAAUGUGAGGUCAAAGAUGAAAACCACAGGUCUCAGAAAGCUUCAAGGGUGUAGCAUGAUUCAAACCAGAUAA